AUGUCCGGUAAAAGGCCGAAGACCCUUUUUACUGAUCAAGAUGCCGCUAUGGCAAAAGCCAUCCCAUUGGCAAAAUGCAAUGAAACAUCUUGGAUAUUUUUGUAUAAAGAAGACGGCUCUGAGUUUGCAGGACAUCUUCAUGCAUUUAUCAAUGAUAUAUUGGAAGAGGAUGAAUUCCUAUCUGCUUGGGAUGCCAUGGUCUCUAAGUAUGAUCUUGAAGAUAAUAAUUGGAUACAACUUACUUUUCAAGUAAGAGAGAAAUGGGCCAAAGCUUAUGUCAAAAGUACAUUUUGUGCUGGUAGUAAAACUACACAGCUAAGUGAAAGUUUGAAUGCUGAUAUAAGGCAUUACUUGAAAUCAGACCUCGACUUAGCUCAAUUUUUCGAACAUUUUGAAAGAGAGGUCCACAAAAAGCGGUACAAUGAAUUGAAAGCUGAGUAUAACUUAAGGCAAAAGUUACCUCGCAAAAAGAUGAACACGCCGAUGUUAACACAAGCUGGGGAAGUGUACACAUCAAAAGUAUUUGAGAAAUUUCAGGCUGAGUAUGAAGUGUACCAAGCAACUUAUAUAGAGGACCGUAUCAAUGAAGUUGGAAUAUUGUGCAGCCAUGCUCUAAAGGUUUUGUACGUGAUGGAUAUUAAGCUCAUACCGGAAAGAUAUAUUCUAAAGAGAUGGACACGAGAUGCGAAGGCUGGAAUCGUGAAUGACUUUGAAGGAUGUGAGGUUGAAGAAUGUGAAGAGGCAUCUGCCUUGGUAGCUGGCUAUAUGAAUGAGAUGUUUGAAAAGGUUGAAGAUAUCUUAAAGAACAAACGAGAUGUGGAUGAGUCUACUAAUGAAGGACAAGACUCUCCACAUGAAGCUCCUUUGGAAAAUUUUGUUGCCAUUCGGCCAAAAGGACUUAAGAAAAAACAGGCUCCUCACAAGGGAAACAGAAGACCAAAAAGUUAG